UGUUUUGUAUCUGUUAUGGGUGCGCUCUCUUGAAAACCUGUUCUCGGCUUAGUUGCAAUAAAACGUUGAAGCGUGGUGUACGUCAGUGUCUCGGUAUAGUUUGGAUGUAUUGACUGCUGUGGUGGCUUCAGUGGGACUCUGGUAGUUAUCGCAUAAAGGCGCGUUUGCAAAUACAGUAACAAAUACUGCCAACCCUCAAAAGUCGCUAUCGAAGCCGCUGCCGUCGUCGUCGUCGCUGUUGCGUCGUUACAGCAAAAACAAGUGCGCGAGUAUUGUAAAAUGUUUGUUAGCUGUGGAACGGGCGCAUUAGCGGCGCUGCUGCUGCUCUGCUGCUGCACAGCGCAUGCAGCUGCCGCUGAUUUGGUGGACAAAUUGCGUGACGAUUCCGAACUUUCGCAGUUCUAUAGUCUGUUGGAGCAGAAUCCUGUUGCCAAUUCGACGCUCUCGCUGCGCUCCUGCACGAUCUUUGUGCCCACCAAUGAAGCCUUCCAGCGCCACAAGGGACCCACACAUGUCCUCUAUCACAUAACCACCGCGGCGUUCAGCAAAGAUCAACUGGAAAAGACCGUGUCAUCGGACAUGAACGGCAAUCCUCCGCUGUACAUCACAAAGAGCCGCAAUGGUGACAUCUAUGUGAACAAUGCGCGCAUCAUACCCUCACUCAGCGUCGAGCUGACCGACCGCGAGGGCAAGCGACAGGUCAUGCACAUUAUCGACGAGGUGCUGGAUCCACUCACUGCGCUGCCAACUGCCAAGACAGAAAUAAACAAUCUGGAUGCACUACAAUUUAUACAAAAGGCUGAUCAGCUGAACGUGGGCGAUAACAAGCUGCGCACCUAUCGCUCCCAGGUUACGCUCAUGAAGAAGGAAUCUCUCUAUCAGGCGCCUGGGGCGCAUACCUUCCUGUUGCCCGUCGAUGAGGGCUUCAAGCUCUCGACCCGCAGCAGUUUGGUGGAUGGCAAGGUCAUCGAUGGUCAUGUUAUACCAAACACUGUCAUUUUCACUGCCGCCUCGCAACAUGACGAACCCAAGACUUCCGCUGCCUUUGAGGAUCAGCUCAAGGUCACAGUGAGCUUCUUCAAGCAAAAGGACGGCAAAAGUAAGAUCAUUAAUUGCCUUCAACGGUCUUUAACAUACAAUUACUUAAACUCCGUUCACCCUCCUCUUGCAGUGUAUGUCAAGUCCAAUACAAUCAUUGGCGAUGCCAAGCAUCCUCAGGGUGUGGUCCUGGCCGAGAUUGUCAAGGCCAAUAUACCUGUGAAAAACGGUGUGAUCCAUUUGAUCCAUCGUCCGCUCAUGAUCAUCGAUACGACUGUCACCCAAUUCCUACAGGAUAAUGGCGAGAAUGGAGCACUGCGCAAAUUCUACGAGGUGAUCAUGGACGCCGGUGGCGCAGUGUUGGAAGGCAUAAACAAUCUGUCUGAAGUGACCAUUUUGGCGCCCAGCAAUGAGGCUUGGAACGUAUCUUCCAUUGACAAUAUUAUUAGGGAUCGCAAGAAGAUGACCGAUAUUCUGAACAUGCACAUCAUCAAGGAUCGCUUGAACGUCGAGAAGAUCAGACAAAAAAAUGCCAAUAUGAUCGCUCAGGUGCCAACUGUGAAUAAUAGAACGUUCCUUUACUUUAAUAUCAACGGCGAUGAUUCUGAUGCCGUGAUCACUGUUGAAGGUGGUGGCGUUAACGCCACAGUGCUGCAGGCCGAUGUGGCACAAACCAAUGGCUAUGUGCAUAUCAUUGACCGUGUGUUAGGCGUGCCGCAUACCACUGUGCUGGGCAAGCUGGAAACCGAUCCCAUGAUGAGCGAUACCUACAAGAUGGGCGAGUUCUCGCAUUUUAACGAUCAACUAAACAAUACCCAACGCCGAUACACGUUCUUUGUGCCCCGCGACAAGGGUUGGCAGAAGACUGAACUGGAUUAUCCCUCGGCGCACAAGAAGCUCUUCAUGCGUGACUUUGCCUAUCAUUCCAAGUACAUUUUGGAGCGUCAUCUGGUCCUUGCGGAUCAUGUGUUUACCAUGAAAGAUCUAGCGCAAAUGUCGCUUACCACAGACAACGUGGUGCUGCCCACAUUGCGUGAUUCACUCAAAAUAAAGGUCGAGGAGGAGGCUGGACAUCUACAUGAUGAGUAUGCUAGUCACGAAUGGACUGGAUAUGUGAUCGUGUGGAAUUAUAAGAAGAUCAAUGUAUAUCGGCCGGAUGUUGAGUGCACCAAUGGCAUUAUACAUGUCAUCGACUAUCCGCUCCUGGAGGAGAAAGACAUUGUUGUGAGCGGAGGUUAGAUAUUGUAACUAGCCUGUGUGUGUGUGCUCACUACAAUAACUGCGCGACAAAUGUGGGUACCACAUAAUAAUAUUAAUAUCCUGUGUUAUCCAAGUAAAGAAAUACAGUAAACUAUCAGCCCAAAACGUACACACUAUCGACAAGAAUCACGCAACCAACCUACCAGACAACCCCCAACCACCCACUAUAUAAAAAUUGUAGCGAAAUGCAGUCAAAUUGUCGCACUGUGUAGUGGCCGAUCACUCCAUAUCCAGACCGACCGAUCGAUCGAUCAUCGAUCCAAGACCCUCCUCCAAGUUAUCUUUAGUAGGCGGCGUGGUCGCUGCAGCAUCGUUGCUUGUUUUGUAAUCAGUUUAGAUUUGCCAUAAGUGCAGUGUAUUAGCUAAAAAGAAAAAAACGAUAAAGAAAAACUAAAACUAAAUGAAAAGAAUACGCUAAAUGAAAUUGUACACGAAAGCUUUAAAAUUUGAUCGGAUAUGGAAGAGGGAUUUGUAUGUCGUAGUCAGUAGUUACACGUUUAGCAGCGCCCCUCACUUUGAUGGGAGAGGGGGCCCAAUGUGUAACUAGUGCCUUACUAAAGAUAAACGCAUUACCUUAACCUUUAUACAAAUUUACUCAUCAUAAACAUAAACUAAAUGAAUAAAAAAGAUAGCAGCCCAUGGAAAAAAGAAAAUGGCAAACGUUUAAUGCUAGCGAUUCAAGUCAAGCGUAUAACAUUUAAAUUAAAAAAAAAAUGUAUUCAAAAAUGUAAGAGAUUAUAUUUACAUACCUAAAUCCAUAUAUAUGUAGCAGGCAUUGCAGCAUUUCUGCUUAUAAAUGUACACAAUUAAAUGAUAUAAUUAUUAAGCCACAUGCUAUUUACACCAAAUACCAAUACCAUACAUAAGACGAACCGAUAAAUGAAUAUUUUUCCAAAAAUUCAAUCAAAUAUCACAGAACUAUAAACUAUAAAAGUUUAUUGCUGAGCAGCCAGAAUGGUAAAAAUAUAUUAACACACCCAAUAUGUAUAUUUAGCAAUUGAGUUUCGAAAAAUAACAAUAAUUAUAUGCAUAUACAUAUGAAGCUUAAACUACGGUAAACAUCAGUGCAAACAUAUAUUACUCUACAUUAUUUUAUGACAAACGCUUUUUACAAUAAACUAAAAUUCAUAAUUGUGUAUUCGUCAAAAAUAAACACUAAUUUUGCCUAGCAUUAGUUUAAGAAUAAUAAAUAAAAUGUAUUACAUAACUAAAUGUCAAAAAAACAACAACAAGCUUGAGCGAAUAAAUCUUCUACAAUAUAGAUAAAUAUAAAAGCUUAAA